CAUAAACAGCUCGUUAACCACCUCGCUAGCUUGCUAGCCAACAUAGCGGAAAGAUUCAAGCUAUUUUACGCUUUCGGUAUAUAUUAGCUACUGUGUUUUAGACACCUCUGUCGUAUCUACUUGUUAACCUUACGUUAUUUUUUACAAGUCAGCUAGAGUAGCUGGCUGGUUAAGUUAGCACUAGCCUAGUCGCUAAUGAUAGCUAGCUAGCUAAUAUCCCCGACCAUGAGCUCACUAAACUACUCCCCUCCUGUUAAAGGAGAGGUCUGCUGGACGGAGAAAGAAGCUCUGGGGCUGAACAUUGUCGUGAAAGAGGAGAAGGAAGAGGAAGAUGUCACAGUAAAACAAGAAGUAGAGGGUGAGGCUGUCACAGUGAAAGAUGAGGAAAACACGUUCAGAGUGAAAGAAGAGGAUGACGAUGUUACUGUGAAAGAAGAGAAAUACGCAUUCAGAGUGAAAGAGGAUUUGGAUGUAAUUGUGAAAGAAGAGAAAAAGGAGGAUGAAGUUUUUGAAGUAAAGAAGGAAGGGGAGAUUACUGUCACAUUAAAAGAUGAAGAGGUGGGGAUAGAUCUGAUUAACACCAGAGAGAGACGGGACUACUGUGGAUCCUCUGGGGAGCCUCAACAUCAUGAUGCUGAAGAGGGAGAGAAGAGUCUCUCCAGAUCAGAACACCUCAAGAAACACCAGCAGAGACCCACAGGGAAGAAAUCUCAUUGCUGCUCUGACUGUGGGAAAAUAUUCAACAGUUCAUCAGACCUUAAAAUGCAUCAAAGAAUUCACACUGGAGAGAAACCUUACAGCUGUGAUCAAUGUGGGAAUAGUUUUACUCAGCUAGGCAGCCUGAUAGUACACCGGCGGGGACACACAGGAGAGAAACCUUUUACCUGUGAUCAAUGUGGGAAGAGUUUUACUACAUCUAGCUCUCGAACUACACACCAGAGAACACACACUGGAGAGAAACCUUAUGGCUGUGAUCAAUGUGGGAAGAGUUUUACUCAUCUAAACAGCAUGAUAGUACACCAGUGGGGACACACAGGAGAGAAACCUUAUACCUGUGAUCAAUGUGGGAAGAGUUUUACUACAUCUAACUAUCUAACUGUACACCAGAGAACACACACAGGAGAGAAACCUUUUGGCUGUGAUCACUGUGGGAAGAGUUUUAUUCGGCUACAAUCCCUGAAAUCACACCAGAGAAUACACACUGGAGAAAAACCUUUUGGCUGUGAUCAAUGUGGGAAGAGAUACUAUGAUAAAAGAUCUCUGAUUAAACAUCAGAAAAUACAUGGAGUUGUUUCAUGAUUAUGAAAUAAUGUCACAAUUGAAUGUUUUAACAUUGUAGUUGCAGUAUUUGAAUGAAUGUUAGAAUGUAGAACCCUAAACGUUUGCCCCCUGUUCAAUUGAUAUUAGCCUCAGGGGAAAAAUCCAGGCUCUGAAUUGAAAGAGUACUUCUGAGAUUUAACAGAAAGUGACUAACAAAAAAUGUGUUGUGUUACUACACUUACCACGUUGGUGACCCACUUGAAUCAAAAUGCAACACUAUAAAAUAUUUAGGUUUUCAAUAUUUCCCAAACGGUUUCUGCAUAUUGGUUGAUUUGGACAUGAUAAAACUGUGUUUUUACAUUGCGCUAUUCCCAUUUAGCAAAAUGUAAUUGAAAAGACAAUGAAAAUAAGACUAUGCCCUACAUCCAAUAUAUGAAAGUUGAAAACAUGUAUUUUCGGGGGGGUUUUUCAAUGACUUGAAAACAACUUAAUUUGAACUUACUUGCAGCCUAUACACACGGACGCAGUAUAAUACAUUUGUAAUCAUUUUUAUUAACAAUCCUACUUCACUCCAGUAUUUCUUUACAACAUUCAAGUGCUAAUUGUCUUUAUUCCACUACUGAAGAAAGAUGUCUCAAAUCACCUCAUAUUUCAAACAAAAGAUACAUGUUUUAUAAUUCCACGCCUCACCAUUAAGUGAGUUAUUGCCAAUACAUAUUAACAGGGGUGUACAUUUGGUUUUGAUAUCAUUUUUUUAUGUAACCAACUGACAAUUUUGGGGUACAAUUAUAUUGACGUUGUUGCCCUGCUUUUAGAAUAUCAGGGAUAAUUCAUAGAUGUGCCAACCCAAAUGUACUAGAGCAUGACAUUGGGGACUGGGUCUCGAUCCAACAACAUGCCUAUCUAGUGAACCCUGAAAAGAGAGAGAAGCUCUGCGGUGAGGUGGAAAGUGACUAUGGAUAUCGCAGGCGUUUCCUCUUGAAAUCAAACAUGUCUGUGGUAAGGACAACUUGGUUUCUGAUUGUCUCAAGGGUUGGCAGUCAAAAAUAUUUUUGUUUUGCAUUUAAUCAGUGUGUUACCAUGGAUCACAAUUUAUUUUGACACAUUUUUCCGUGUUGGAGAUGAGUUUGAUCUCUAAUUAUUUUCCAUAUAUUUAAGCAUUGUAGUUGAUUAUAAUGUGAAAUGGAAGUUGUUUUCUGUUGGUGGUGAGCAAACGUGUCCAACAAAAAUAUAGGAUAUAUUUGUUGUCUUAAGGGGGAAGGUGUUUCAGGCUUUGUUUUUUUCAUUUAUGUUUUGAGGUUGGACUUUAGCUCGUUAGCACUUAGGCCGCUUUGAUUGGUGUCACCGUUAGUCAGUAUGUGUUACACCUGUGCUGGCUUGUCCAUCUUGUAAGUGGGAAGGUAUUUCACCUGAGCUGGUCCAGGUUCUAUUUAAGAGUGUCUGGCCCAGUGCUCCAGUUGUCUUGAUAGAUGUGGAGAGUCAACGCCUUUAGUUUGCUUCCUGUCUUUAAGUUUGGUGUGGGUUUUUCUUUUUCUUUUCUUGUUUCCAUUGGGUUGCAUCCAUGUCUGAAAUGUGCUGUAUUAAUAAAGCUUGAUUUGAACAUAUUGUAAGUCAAAUGAA